AUGGGUCAACUUUUCUCUGCUACACCUCAUGAUGGACAGCACCAAGAUUCAUCCUUUGGCCUGAAUGCAUAUGUUAAGAACCUGAAGAUAGAAAACAAAAUCAUCUCUCAGGAAACCAUAAAUUUGAUCAAUUUACACUUGACAAAAGGAAACAUUCAGGGGGUAAACUCUGCAAUUGAUGAUGCAUUAAAAGGAAUUGAUAAUGUCCAACUCAACAUUGCUGUGACAGGGGAGUCUGGAUCAGGAAAGUCCAGUUUCAUCAACGCCCUGAGAGAGGUUGGACCCGAAGAAGAAGACGCGGCCCCCACUGGGGUGGUGGAGACGACCAUGGAGAGAACUCCAUACAAACACCAAAAGUUUCCCAAUGUGACAAUAUGGGACCUGCCUGGGUAUGGAACCUGUAAUUUUCAGCCAAAAGAUUAUCUAGGGAAAGUAAAAUUUGGAGAAUAUGACUUCUUUAUUAUUGUUUCUGCUACACGCUUCAAGCAAAAUGACAUAGAAUUGGCCCAAAUGAUCAAAAUUAUGAAGAAGAAUUUCUACUUCUUGAGAACAAAGGUAGACUUUGAUUUAAAAAAUGAACAGGAAAGUAAACCAACUACCUUUGAUAGAGAAAAAGUUCUGCAACAGAUCCGAAACCACUGUCUGCAUAAUUUUAUGAAGAAUGAGAUUAAUAAACCACAAAUCUUCUUAAUCUCCAGCAAAGAUUUAUCUGACUAUGAUUUUCCAAUCCUCAUGGACACCCUAUUAAAGGAUCUUCCGAUUCAAAAGCGCCACAUUUUUAUGCUUUCCCUGCCUAGUAUUACUGAGGGAGCCAUUGAAAGAAAGAGGGAUUCUCUGAAGCAGAUGGUCUGGCUAAAAGCCUUGAAAGCUGGAGCAUUGGCCACCUUUCCUUUUGUGGGCAUCAUCAAUGACAGUGACAUAAAGAAGCUGAAGGAGAGCUUAGAGCGAUAUCAAGUCUUCUUUGGAGUGGACGAUGCAUCCCUGCAGAGUUUGGGUAAAGAUUUGCAAGUGCCUGUGAAACAACUCAAGGCAAUCAUUAAAUCUCCUCAUUUGUUGGAAAAUAAGGAGGAAGAAUCAAUAGGUGAAACACUUUUGAAAUAUUUCGAGAAGUUCUGUUCAGCUAAUGGAGGUCUCCUUGCUACAGGUCUUUACUUUAGAAAAAUGUACUACUUGCAACUUUAUUUCCUUGAUACGGUGACCGAUGAUGCUAAAGUUCUUCUUAAAGAGGUAUGCUCAAGAAAUGGGUUGACUUCCCAUAACAUAGAUUAG